AUGUUUUUCACUUUAAACAGUGUCCCCAACUCCUGCCCUGUGAGUCCACGUGGUGCCGGCUCCUCUGGUUACCGGUUUGGGCGCAACAUCACCAGAGAUCUCCAGCUAGCGGCAGCAUUUGCAGAAAAAGCAGCAUCGGAGCAACAGGCAGAAACAUCUGGUGGUGACAGCCCCAAGGAUGAUUCAAAGCCCCCCUACUCCUACGCACAGCUGAUUGUACAGGCCAUAUCUUCUGCUCAGGACAAACAGCUAACACUAAGUGGCAUUUACGCACAUAUCACAAAGCAUUAUCCUUAUUAUAGGACAGCUGACAAAGGAUGGCAGAAUUCAAUCCGACACAACCUUUCUUUAAAUCGCUAUUUUAUCAAAGUACCACGGUCACAGGAAGAACCUGGAAAAGGGUCAUUUUGGAGAAUUGACCCCUCCUCGGAAGCAAAGUUGGUGGAGCAGGCAUUCCGAAAACGCAGACAGCGAGGGGUCUCUUGUUUCAGGAUGCCAUUUGGACCCAUCUCCUCCAGGAGUGCUCCUGCAUCUCCCAGUCAUCCAGGCCUUCUCUCUCCUCACUCGAGUGGGCUGCAGACUCCUGAAUGCUUGUCGCGUGAAGGUUCACCUAUUUCGCAUGACCAUGAUUUCACAAGCUCCAAGUUGGCAUCGGUGCCAGAGGGUCGCUUCUCUCAAAGUGCACCAGGGUCUCCAGUUAGUGGCCAGCCUGUUAUAAUGGCAGUUCCUCCCCAACCUCCUGGUGUUGUCACAAAAUCUAUGGCUUAUAUGCCCACCUCCCUAAUAACUACCCAACAAUCCACUGGGCAUGCCAUUCAUGUGCUUCAGCAAGCUCCCACUGUAACUAUGGUGAGGGUGCUAACAACAUCAGCCAACACCUCGAAUGGCUACAUCCUUACCAAUCAGAGCCAUAUCGGAAGUGGACAGGUCAUACACGAUGGUUCCCGUGACCAGAAAGGAGUCCUUGAUGAUAAGUCUCUUGUGACCUUUACAAAUGUACCUACUGGCAGUCGAGUGAUUCAAACAGUUAGCAGUCAAAUGUCUCAACAUGUACCUGGACAGAUGGUUACUAUCCUGCAGCAGGCACCAGCAACAUCCAUGGGGCAACAUCAGCUUCCAGUGAAGACAAUAACUCAGAAUGGCAAACAUGCUGUUCCUGUGACAAGCCUUCAAGGAAAUACUUAUGCUAUAACUAAUCCACUACAGAUCCUGGCUGCGCAGGCUACAUCUUCCUCCCCUGUAGUUAUGAGCAAGCACCUUGUCACAGAACCACAACAUCCAGCUGUGUCCCUAGGUGAGCCUGAGGCCAAACGGCCCAAGAUGGAGGAGUCAACUGGAUCAGGCUCGGGUCUUGCCGUGAUCACAUCAACUCCACAAAUGCAGGGUGCCAGUGAAUAAGGAAAACCGGAAUCGAGGAAACCAAUUACAGUGGUGAAGAUAUACUCAAGUAUGUUCCACAGAAAAAAAAAAACAGAAUUCCAAGGUGCCAAACUGAUUGGAGAAAGGAAAUGAAAAAAAGCAAGCCUACCUUGAACUGAAGCGCUCGUUUUUAAUGAGGAAACGAGACCAGCUGAUUGUAGGAUUAAGGAUGGCUGAGGUGGAGAAUGCAGCCAUCUGCAUAAUUCAGGCUUUGGUCUUUUAUAAGCCUUAAUUUAAAAAAUGUUAUAAAGGAUUGGUGGGAGGGAAGCAGAUGAAAUGACUUGAGUUCCUCUUGACACAAUGGGGUCUUGCCAAGACCCCAAUCUUGGUGAUGUGGCGAUAGUACUCAGUAAAUGUGCUAACUUAUGUUCUUAAUUACUACAAACCAUAUCGGUACUGCUGACUUGCCAAUUCUUGUGCACGUAGCCUUUUCAGGAGAACAGAGAAUUUACUAGUUUUGAUGUCUAACAAUAUUGCCCAGAUUACAUUGGAGACAUUUCAUUUCAUCGCCCAGUAUCACAAAAUUAAGCCAAUUUUCUCUUUGUAUAUUGCACUUCGCUAAACUGCACCCCCACAAUGUGGCUCAUUUGGGGAAAACCACGAGGGACUCAUUAUAACCAGAUAAGUUGUUUGGGUGAGAAUAUGGAAAUAUGGUAGCUCCUAAAUGAAUGAAAUUUAUUUUUAAAAUGGAAUUAAUUAAAGCAAGACAGGACAGUUUAUUAAUACUGUUAAAGUCAGCCUCUUUUGGAGGGGGUGGGGGGAAAGGAGGAAGAGAAUAAAUGAUGCCUGUGCCUUGUGCUUAAUGUCAAUACCUGAGAUAUAACCAGAUUGGCUCCUGUGCUAAAAUUAGUUUUCUUAACAGUGCCUGCUUGACCAAACUUUAAAAAUAUUGCCUCACUGAGUUACCUCAUCCAACUUGACAGUGGUGUUUUAAGUUUUUGUUUUCAAACUGUGCAGUCAUGAGGUAACGAUAGUUUACCCCCAGUUGACUAGCUGAGAAAUAUUUUAACAGUCGAUGUGACAUAGUGGAGCUUUGAGCAUUUCUGUAACUUGAAUCGUUGAGAACAGGCCUUUCUUUAACAUGAAUGCUUCAAUGGAUAAAACAAAGAGCAUUUCAUGUGCUGACUAUGGCAAAAUAUCAAAGAGUAAUUUUUUUUUAAAAAUGCACUUGCAAAUUGUACAAAUACAGCUACACUACUUUUGUCAUUGAAUUCAUUCAGAAUUUCAAUCUGCAAUCAGAUCUGAUCAUGCGUACAUAAUCCACAUAUUUUAAUGGAAUUGGACUUCCAUUUUAGAAAUGAGAGUUACAUGUUCCUAUUCUGAACCAAUGUUUAUGUAUGCAAGUAGCUUAAGAAAUUGGUACAACAAAUUGUGAUCAACUGGGUCUGAUUCACUGUGCUCUGUUUUGUUUUUGACAUGCUAGGGAGACAGCAGUAAUAUUGUGCAGCAUUUUAAGAACCAUUAACUGAAUUCUGUAAUUCUCACAAGCUCAUUUAUUAGCUUAUGUUUGCAGAUUUUGUAUUCCACUAACUUUUUGUGUUUAUACUUGCUUCUCAAAGUUACAUUUCAGCAAAAAACAUUUCCUUUAAAUCUCCUUUAUACAAAUGUAAUUGUAUCACAGCCAAUAUAGGUUUGAUCUAUUUUGUGGUUCGUUCCUGACACAGUUCAGUUCGUGUUGGUAUCGGUAAUGUUGGCUGGAAAAGUAUACCGAUCAUGAAAAAGGAAUGUCGGAGAGCUCCAUUAAGACUGGCUCAAGACUGUUCUAUUAGUAAAUUUUCUGGCAAACUGGAGUUGUAUUGAGAGUAGUAAUGAAUUGCUCUCUACGAGACUAUGCACCUCCCUGAUACUGCAGAUGUUAAAAUAUGAAGCUCUGUUGUGUGGAAGUUGAGUUUCUAAAGAUUAGUCAUUGUAGCAAGUCCUUUGUUAAUUUUGGGAUAACAUGCAGUUUCCAUCUGCACUGUUGACAAAGGAAAUGUAAACAUAUUAACAAAGUAUAACUAGUGAACCAGUAAACUAAAAUGAUAGCCUGAAUUGGAUGUGAUGCUUGUAUAACUACAAUGUUUUAAAACAGUAGUGUUGGCUGGGUCAGUUUUCAGAAAAAUGAUGAUCAAGGCGGUUCAGAUGUGGAGGUGCGCUUGUUUCACAAAGCUUUUUGAUAGAUGCAGUGGAAACCUGUUAAAUGUGUCUCUGUACAGAAUAAUAUGAAAUUUCAGAAAUACAUCUUCUAAAAUUGUGAGCCACAUUAAAAUGUUAUAUUUAUUUAUGCAUUGUUUUAACAGCUUUCCACUGUAAAUAACUAAUAAUUUUUUUAAUAUCAAUGAGACUUCUGCAAGAAUUUCUCUUCUUUAAUCUAAAUAUCAUAGAUCCUGAAGAAUGGCAACAGUCAGGAAUGGGAAAAGAGUAUUGAAGCUCAUUCUUUAUAACCUAGAUUCUCUCAUCAUAGCAUCCAGUUGCAUUUUGAGCAACCUCAAUGCCUUUAUUACUUUGUCUGACAGAUUAUUUCAAGCAUUUAUUAUAAAAGUUUUUAUCCCUGGUAUUUGCUUUAAAUGUAUUUACUAGUAAUAUUUGUCUCUUUUGACCUUCGUUUUGGAUAACUUAAAAUUUCAGAGCAGUAAACUGAAAGUAUUUGAUUUGGUGAGGAUGGGGAGUUAGUGGUCAAUAUUCAGUGAGGUUUCAUUAUAUUUAAACUCCCUCAAAGUGAGAUUUGAAAUGCAAAAGCAAUUAGGGUAAUGGGUUAAUUAGGUUCUUCUACUUUUUUUAAAAAAGGUAUAAUGUAAAAUCAUAGCACCGGAGAAUAAAUUUUAAACAUUGUAAAACAAUUAUUGUUAUUGACUAGUUACUCAAAGAAAUAUGCAUAUCGUUUAGAUUAUAAACUACAAAUUACUUUGGUGGGGGGGAGCGUGGAGAGAGAAACGGUGCUGCAUACUUAAACUGGGACAGAUAAGAAGUAAUUGUGAGGGGUCCCCACUUCCCCACCCCAAGUCUUCAUUUCUUGCUUAUUCACCAGAGCGUCUGACAGAUCUACACUUGAAGGCCAUCAAAAAAAAACUCUGAACUUAAUAUUGAUGGUCCUUGUACCUUCCUCCUUGUCAUUCAGCAUUGCAUACACCAUGCACUGUAUUCCAAUUGAUGACAAAAUUGCAUGCAAUUCAAUUGGAAUUUUUCAUGCUUGAAAUUAAAUUUGCUACUGCUGUGAAAAUAUAUAGAUAGAAGGCGAAUUGCAGCUCGAUUUUGAACAAUGCAAGUCUGAUGUAAGUCUGUCAACGCAACUUGUCUGAUGAGGGCAAUGAUAAUCUAGUCUGACAUGAAAUAGAUUUGUUUUCUUCUGACAAUGCAGUACAUUCACAAUGUACACAAAGCCACAUUUCUCCAUUAUGAAAUGAAAUCAGUUUCAAAUGUUUAAAUUUGUAAUAAUCAGCAAUUUAUAAGCUGUAGUGCAUCCAAUCCCUGUUGUUAGCAAUACUUUCCAACUCUGACUGUAUUGCUGUCUAACAUUUUUGAGCACAUCCAUCCCACAUCUUGUAAAGAAAUUUCUGAAAGGCAUGUUUUUAUUACCUGAAUAGAAUGUGCUGCAGGUGCAAAUACACAGCACAUUUUAUAUAUUUAUUAAUUGUCAACCAACAAAGUAUAAUUCACACAGUGCAAAAUAUUUGCAAUGUCUGUUUCCAAUCAGUCUAGCCUUUAAUACCCAAAAAUAAGCAUGUGAAGGUGAUGCACUAUUAUUUGAAGAUUUUUAACAAUGUCAUUAUAGAGCUUACUCCAAAAUCCAUUUAUAAUACAGAUCCUAGCAUCUCCAAACAUGGGUUUAGGAAAAGAAAACGGUUUCAAAAACUCUAAUUUAAAAAAAAUUGUAUUCUUAUGUAUAAUUCGGAUUUAAAAGUAUAAAUCCAGUAUUAGAACUUCUUUGCAUUGAGGGUUAUCUUGAAUGGAGUGGAAUAAUUUGGAAACACCACAUGGGGCUAGAUUUUUAUUGAUCUGUAAGCAGCUGCACAAGUUUAAUUUUACAUGUGGGAUGAAGCCUGAUUCCAUUUUCUUAAAAAUGUAGUAUGAGAGAUAUUGGUCUAAUGUAGUGUCUGUCUCAUUAAGGCCAAUAUUGUACUAAAGAUAAAUAUGAUUUAUUUUUUAGUAUUAGCUAAUCUUUUGGAUCAGUCUGGGCAUAAGUUAAUAUCUUCAUGGGUCCGUCAGUUCUCUUUUCUAUCAAAACCUUUAGAUAAGUCAGUUAUAUUUAUCAGUGACUCUUAAAUUCAAAUUCCAACUCAUUAUUUUUGUUAACUGGGAAAUUUGAUUUAUGACUAGGAGACAGGAUGCUGGAAACCAGAGUCUGUAAGUGUGGAGCUGGACAAACACAGCAGGUCAGACAGCACUAGAGGAGCAGGAAAGUCAACGUUUCAGGGCAAAACGUUGACUUUCCUGUUUCUCUGAUGCUGUUUGACCUGCUGUGUUAGUCCAGCUCCAUGUUUAUUGAAUUUGAUUUAAGCAUCUUUUGUGUAAUUUUUUUUGUUUAAUAUGACAUUUCCUAACUGAAAUUUGAAAGAUUUGGGCUGAGAUUCUGUUCUAACAGAGUGCUCCAUAUCUGCCGGGUUCUGGCCAUAGGACAGUAGGCAAAGCCCCCACCAGCCCUUUAUUAGUCAACUGACUAUUGUUUGUUUCUGUUUCUUAGUUAUCUUCCAGAACUCAACAUGUGGCAGGUGGAAGGAAAUCUGAUCUCACCAAAUUACUGCUAACAAAUUGUGAAGGUGGGAAUUGAGGCCUCAUCCACCAAAAGAUGACCCAGAUUGUGGGGAAUGUAGUGUUUUUUUUUCUCCCACAAUAUGUUGCAAGCUAUGCAGUUUAUUCUUCUUUACUUUUACUCCAUGCCAUCUUCGUCCCACCAUAUUGCCAAUAAACAAAUCCGUCAGCUAGUAUUUCUGGUAACUUUGGUCGGGUUAGAGUAAUAUUAUAUACACAGGAGCAGAGAUUGUGAGCAAACACGUUACCUCAUUUCUGCUACCAGUGGCCGUUGUAUAAUUCCAUAAAAAUAGAACUGAAAUCUAUUUAUCUCCAUUUGAUUUCAUUUUAAAAUCCAGCUCAAGCUCUUAGACUUUUCAGCAUUGAGAAAUUUUCCCAAAUAUUGUUCAAUUGAAUUAAGUAUCUUCCACUCAUAGAAUCCCUAAGUGCAUAAAGAGGCCAAUUGGCCCAUCAAGUCUGGACCAAGCACCCCACCCAGAUAGCCCCUACCCUAUCCCCAUAAUUACCACGGCUAAUCCACCUAACCUGCACAUCUUUGGACUGUGGGUGGAAACCAGAGCACCCAGAGGAAAGCCAUGCAUACACAGGGAUAUCAUGCAAACUCACAUAGAAAAUUGCCAAAGGCUGGAAUUGAACCUUGGUCCCUCUUGCUGUGAGAGAGCAGUGCUAACCACUAAUGCCAUCCAAGUACGAAACUGACAAUUUGACUUUUGACGGAAAUUAUCUUGCAGUAGUAAAUUCCACAUUCCAGAAGGUUUUGAAUGUGUAUUAGAGACAUUACAAAUGCAACCUUUUCUUAAAAUUUUAAAACCAUUCACUUUUACAACCAAACAUGUAGCUCUUGUUGUAUUAGCAUUGUGGUUAAAUAAUUUCAGUAAGGAUAAGAAUUUAAUGUAGAUAAUAUUGAAAAAUAACAGUUUAGAACCAUGCAAAUUAAUUUUGUCCUGUGUCAAAAUGGUUUAAAAAAAGUCUGCUGUUUGUUGGUAGUCUUCUGCACUUUUUGUGUUGAUCAUUGCAAGUGCAUUCUCAAUACUGCACUUCCAGGUGUUAGUAUGCCUUUUCUUCAGUUUAUAACAUGACCGAGUAGAUAAGUGAAAGGAAGCUAAUUUGCAAACAAGUACUUUCACUAGGCUGUGAUACUUUGUAUUUCGUAGCUUCGUGCUUUGCUAGCCAUGUAUUGCCAGCAGUCUCUGUUAGUAGAAGGAAUAGUGCUGCUACUUUUGUGGUGGACAAUUAUAACACCAUGACACAGAUUAUCUCAGGUAUAUCUCAUGUAUAGUGAGGAAAACAAAAUGGAGCAAUGAGCUUGAGCAUAAAUUAUCCAAAUCUGCCUUUUUAUUUUAAAGUGUUGAACUUCUUAAAUUAAUGGCAACAAACUAGAUGCUGCUAUGAGAAAGUUAUAAUGUGGACUAUCUGCAAACUUCUGUAAAAGGGCAGAGAGGCACAGCUGCAUUCUUCUUAUCUGGUCAUCUAGGUAGACUUAACCAGCAGAAAUAGAUCAGUAGUUAACAGCACAUUUCAGAAAUUGGAAAUAAGGAAAUGAUGGGACAAUGUUUGAUCCAAUUGUUUUGCAUGUUACAAUUAGUUAGCUUUGGAUUUUGUAGAAAAAUAAUUCAGAAAAAAACAGCAACUUCUGGAAUGACAACAUAACUUCAUUAGUUUCUGAAAAUAAACACAUUAUUUUUUUGUAAUGCAGGCUGCUCAAGUUUGAUAAAUUUAAUUCUCCAUUCUAAGAAAACGCUGAUCACCCGAAUAAAUUAGCUUAGUAGCAGGGUAUAUGUUAGAAUGAAUGUGUAAGUUAAAAUGUUCUUAUUUUGAAUGUAACUGUUGGAUAGGAGACUUGGUAUAAAUCUAACUAAGGAUAAUGUCUAGUUGAGCAGUGCAGUGACCAUUUUAUCUAUUUAGAAAACCAUAUAAAUACUACAAUUGGCAAAUUAAUUCUGUCAGGUUUUUCCUCAGUGAAGACUACACUGCCUCACCCUGUGUUAUUCAAUUCAUUAUAAAUGUGUGACAGUUUAAGGAGAAAUAAAAUCAGACUCUUAUGUUUUUCUACGUUUGCAGUUUUAUUUUUAAACCAAUACAUUGUUUUUAAAGUUUAGUAGGAACUCAUUAAAAUUAAAGUUGCAAUUUUAAAACAAUGUAACUUUUUUGAUGCAUAUUGUUUAAUUGUACAGAUUUUUAGGGAAGUUAGUGCCUAAUUAUAGCACAGGAGUUGUUAUCUUUUAAAAUGCUAGUUAGUAUAGAGAUUGCUAUCCAAAGGGGUCCAGAAGCAACCUCCACCAAACUGUUCAAAAUUACUUGCUGGCCACAAAAACUAUUUUGUGGCUUCUUAACUGUAGGUUUUAUAAUAUGCCAAAUUAUAUAAUCUGCUUUGCUCACUGUGUGGGACCCCAUUGAGCAUGUAAUAUCUCAUAAUAUGUGAAAUUAUAGAUAAACCUUUCUUCAAAUAAUCUUUUUCAUUGUAUUUUUCUAACAAAAGCACAAUGUUUGAAUUUCAGUUUUGAAAGAAAACAAAAUGUAAUAGUAAAUAAAUAAUUUCAUGAUUUCUUUGUUUAGUUUAUUCAUGGGUGUGUAAAAUGGACAAGUGUCAGAUUUGUUUCCAAGUUUUGACUUCAGCAGUGACUUACACCUCCAACGUUAACAGCUGUUUAAUGCAUCUUAGAGAAAGGUGAUGCCUUUCUAGUGAGGCUGCAACCUGUGGCUUUCAUGUGGCACUAAGAGAAUGGAAUAAUUCUGAUUGUUCCAAACAUUUCUGCAAUAUCCCCUUUUACAUUUAACCUCAGUUUGAAAAAGGCAGAGUAGAAAGCACACAGGAAAAUAGCCUCCAAUCUUGUGAUUUCUCCCUAUUCUGUUGUAUUAACUGCUGCUUUUUUAUAUAUAUUUCCAAUUAGCUGCUUAGAUUUAAGUGCAAACCAAAGUUAUUGCAGACAAUGUAGAAAAGGUGUGAGAUCUUUAUUGGUCUCUGGGGGAAGAGAAUGUGGUUUCAGCUCUGCAGGCUGUGGUUACAACUUCACCUACAUUUGAAUCUGAAAAUUGUCUGACUGAGGGACCGAUAGCAUGCUUGGUUCCCACAUGUAAUGAUUGGAUGCUGAUUUAGGUUUUCAGUUUAAAAUGUGAAGCCACCUUUUCUGUAUGGUGAUGGAACACAACCUUUUAUAUUUGUUCUUGUCUUCAAACAAGUUUCUACUUUAUUUACAACUUCAGGUGAAGUUUUGCACAUCAAUAGAUUUUAUUUUGCUAGCUGCUCCAUUGGUGGAUUCUUCAAGCUGUCACAUAACAAUGUUGUGAAACUAGGUCGAUGAGGCCUCCUUACCUUUUAUGUGCUAAUGUAGAGGAAUGUGAUCAAGGAGGUGGAUUUCUUCCAUGCACUAAGUGGGGGUUAAAAAGAAGUUUACAAUUUUCUUUGGCAUAGGAUAGGACAUUCAACCCCCCUGCUCCCCGUAAUGAAUUUUAUUAAGGUUAAAAUUUUAUGAGCAAGUCAUGUUCCUCUAAUCCGAUCUGUCCACUUUAAAAUUAGCAAUUUUAGUUUGCUGUUUUAUGUUAGAUUUGGAGCUCUUUUCCAAAAUGUUUGAAAAACUGUUCAGAUCAAAGAGCUGAUGGUUUUACAUACACUUACUACAUUUCUCAUUUGAUGCUAAUUGUAGCGUGUAGAGUUUCUUGCGUAGAUACUUUACAUAUUCACUUGCACUCACUCUUCAAAAUGUAGGAUUUAGCUGUAUGGAGCUAUUUUUUUAAAAAUGGCUUUGAAUAGCAUUUUCCCCCCCAUGCCACCUCUUUUCAGGCUGCUAGUCUUGUAAAUUCCUUUUAUAACAAAUAUCCACCUGCGUCUACCACUCAACUUGCAAUUCUUUCCACACCAGCCAUUGCUAUCUGUUGAGAAGUUAGCUUGAUGACCUAUUCCCAAUUUUCUGUAUUUUUACACAGUGAUCAACUGCCACUGUCUGUUGAAGCAUAUCUUGAGUGUGCAGGUGUUUUCAGUAUUACGAUCAGAUCAUUGGGCACAUUCAGGCAAUGAACUGGCCUGGGUCUCUUGUGGUGGUUGGGAUGUGGGUGGGGAGUGGUAUGGAUUGGAAAAUUGGGGCUGAAUGAUAGGACCCUUUCUCCAACUCUUAUCUGGGAAAACAGCAUCCUGAAUUUGACUGGUCUUGCUGGGUGAUCUUUGUCAUGAAAUUAAUUUCAAAAAGUAUUUACUCUUUCCCUUUCACAUUUCCUCAUAUUUUAAGAACAUAAGCAACAGAUGUUACCUUCCUGUUCCCUGAAGAGACAGUUGAAUUAUCUUGUCUCAGUUAAUUUAGAAAUCUAAACUAAAUGAAAGUAUGUUGUCAAGCUUAAUUAUAGUGAAAUAAACAAAAAUGGAAUGAAACCUGGAAAUAUGUAGUAAACCAGUGAAGAUCUAAAAAGAGGAAAGAGAAAUUAAUGUUUUGCUGCAAGUUACUGUACAUAGUGUAUGAAAAAAUGGAAAGUAGGUUCCAACAAGCAACUGCAAAAUGACUUUUUAGCAUAGUAUGUGAUGAUGUCUUAAGUUCAUGGUCAGAUUGCAUUUGACUAUUACUCUAACACACAUUUUGCCAGCCAGUUAACGUUAGCUAUCUCUGCCUAUCUUUAGCUCAGUGACUCCCCCAAAAACAUGUUUUUGGUAGUUCAUAUAAAAUUAGUGAUACUUUAUAGAAUUUUUUUUUUCCUCUCAUUGUUAAGUCAGAAUGAGGGAAUAGAGCACAGUUUAUCAUCUUCCCUUUUUCGCCAACCUCUCAAAGAAUGGUAACUGAUCAGUUAAGACUGUUUUUCAAUCUUGCUGCUACAAGUCAUUGAUUAAGAAGAAGCACUUCUACGUAUGGUGUCCUUUUAACAAAAGAAUGGGGACAGGUUUACAGAGCAUUCAGAAUGCUUUUGCUUUCAUAUCCAACAUUAUACUAAUAAUCGGAAACAUAAUGUAUGUCAAUAUGAAUACAUUGCACAAUUAUAAAAGCACAGACAUGUUGCAGGUACAGCAGGUCCAUCAGUAUCAGAUGUCUCAUCCCCAAAAAUGGGAUGCCCAGCUCUCCCACAAAACAUAAGUCAUUGAAUGAACAUUUCAUUGUGAAUUAUUCUCCAGGUCUCCUGAUCAUGUUUAAGUGAUUUGGAUUGAAAUGUGUGUUUUUGAAUGUAUGAUAUGUUGGGUGCAGCUGGACAGAGUUCCCCUUUGUUUGCCACACCUUAAAUUAACCCAUCACUGCCAUCUUAGUUCGUGUAUGAAGCACUGAACAGCAGCUAAGACUUGUGGAAUCACAUGACAGUACGUUACUGUCUUCAGGACAAGGGCAGAGUAAUUGACGAAACAGCUUAUAUGGGAGGGCAGAAAUAGUCUGAUUGCAAUGUGUACUCCCUUAUGAAAGCAUUUAUGAUGUUGUUCAUAGCAAGUAGGUCAAUACCUGCACAUGAUCCAAAACAUUGAAGCUGAAUGUAGUGGAUAAUUGUUUAAAUUACUUCAGUGUCUCAAAAUUCAUCAAUUUUGUACAAUAAUGAAGUGAAAUAUGUGAACUGUUUUUCCACCAUUGGAUCAUAUGGUAGUAUUUCUUUCCCAGAAUGUAUUUUUCUUUGUCAUAUCUUUGAAUUUGAAUGAUGGCAGAGCACGUUAAAUGUUAGUUUUGUUUGCAUAAUGGGAAACACCCAAGCAGUCUUAGAGUCAACGGGUCAUUGGGUUGAUGGUACCAGAAUCGUACCUGGGUCCAAUUUGGUCAUGAGGGAUUCGUCGCUGGAACUUUAAAGUAUUGGGAUGUAGACAUUUCUCAUUUCUUCUGGACAUGUCCAUAGGACUCUGUGUAAUGACACUCUGCUUCUCUUUCCCAUUAAGUUACUGAGGAAGCACAUUCCCAAAUAUGGUUUGUAUGUAAAGGGCUUGUGCAAAUAAUUCAUGAAAUGUUAUGUUAACUUCUAUGGACUGAAUAUUUCAAAUUGUCAGAUUUUACUCCCUUCUCUGCAAUCUUUUUUAAAAAUGAGGAACCUUGGUAGCCUUCAGCACUGAUGGUUUUUGCUUCCAUGGCACCUCAAGGUGUGGGACUGUGACAUUGUAUGAAACGAAGCAGCAUUAAAAAUGGAUAGCAAACACCUGCAUGUGGAUGGUUAGUGCAGGGUAGACACUACUGGCUGGUCACAGGAUCCCACAGAACCCAUUCGGCACUUAUUCAUCAUGGAAUUGUGUUUAAAUUCAGUAUGCGAAGGAUUUAGGAAUAUGUCAAGUAAAACUUAUUAAACUGUUUCCAUUGAUGUGUUUGUAUUUUAUUCUGGAUGUUUGUUUAAUCAGGCUAAAGAAAGUGAAGUCAUACCGCUUUUUGUUAUUAACAGCGAUCUGAUUGUGAUUUUAAUGUAAUGAGGGAUGUUGAUGAUGGGCUAAGUUUGAAAGUUUCUUUUUAUUUUUAAACAAAACAGUCUCUUUUUGUGUUUCUUUGAUUUUUUUUUAUUCCCUGUUUCUGUUCAUGGUUAUCUAUAUUAUGAAAAAUGGCUGCCAGUGCUGCAGGGAAGGUACCCUGUGGUUCCCUUCAGCAUCAGGUUUUAAUGACAAUUAAAAAUAUGCAUUAAAGAGUA